CCACUUUGGCGACCACCACCAAACUAAUCGACGCUCGCUGCUUUUGAGUUGUGCGCUACAUUCUUCUGGCUGCCAAUUAGAAGUCUAUUGCAUUGAUUCGCUUCGGUUCCUUUAUCACGUUUUCGACCGCUUCAAACUCAACACGCCCAGCUUAGCUCACGCUGUGGAUUCUAGCGCAUCACAUCCCCCACCAUCAGUCGCAACAUGGUUAGAAUCGCGAGGGCUGGAGGCGGCCUCUCCGGAUUUGUUGGCUCAGAUUCUGAGUCGGACUUUGGUGGACUAGAAAAAACAACUCAUCGAUCGUCGACUACAACAACGAAACGCGCUACUUCUCGCCCUACCUCUUCUCUUAGAGGCACAAAGAGUCUCGCGACCAGCACGCGUCAAAAGACUCACGCCGGGUCUCGGUCUCCCGGUAGAAAGGCGCUGAACGAAAAGAAAUAUUCAAACACACAGUCGACCUACACAAAAGCUCCUGAUACUUGGAGCGAUGACGAAGCUGAGCUGAGCGGCGCCGACGAGGUAGACAUUGGCUGGGAGAGCCCACCAAAACAGGUGCGACGACAGUCGCCUCCUCCCCGAAGCAGACAUGAGAGUAUUGUGCGCGAAGUCGCUCCUAGUGGCCAGUAUAAGAGAUCUGCGCCCUUGUACCAGACAACAGAGCUUUCCGACACAGAUGCUGCUCCUACCAGCCGAGCCGACUCUAAGUCAUCAGAGACAAGUGCUUUGAAACGGAAAUUUGACGAGCUAUCACAAGAUUACACCAGUUUGGAAAACAGAUACAAUGAGCUUAAAGACGUUGGUAUUAAAGCGGCGGAGCGAAACUUUGAUCGUCUUAAAAAGCAAAUGGAAGACAACGAAACCUCAUCGAGUAAGCUCAUCAGCGCCCUCCAAGAUCAAAUCAAAGACCAAACAAGAUCUACACGGGACACAUCAGCGCUGCAAAGCCAACUGGACGAAAGCGAAGCCAAUGUCAACAAUCUUGUAUCCAAGAUUAGCAACCUGACGGGCUCUUUAAACGAGUCUCAGCGGGAGAUACAGUCGCUCAAGGCAAAACUGGCUGCUAGCCGCGCAGCAGAAGCCACAGCAUUGGCCGCAGCCAAAGCCACCGCCGCCGCUCCGAAACCAAGCACGGCCAACAAUAAGAACCUGACCGGGCAAUCCGAGCUUAUGCAUAUUUCACAAGCUAAGGAGGAGUUGUACAGCUCUCUGACAAGUCUCAUUAUCAGAAAUGUCAAAGAAGAAGACGGCGAAAACGUAUUUGACUGCUUACAGUCAAGCCGUAAUGGAACGCUACAUUUCACCCUCUCCCAAGAAAAGGAAGAUCCUGGUUCAAGGUAUUCGGAAACGAAAUAUACCUUCAGCCCACAAAUCCAGGACGGCCGCGAUGCUGAACUGAUGAAAGUCUUGCCAGAAUACUUUUUGGAAGAUCUCACGUUCACUGGACCGCAAAUAUCCAAAUUCUAUAUAAGGUUAUUCACGGCGUUGGCAGAGAAGAAACAGUAAAGAACAGCAGGUUCCAGCCAUAUCCAGGACAAGCGUCACUAUGUAAUGCUGGCGACCUAGGUUAAACGGCACAAAGCCGAGCAAUAUUAUCGAAUCAUGAACUCUUCAGAUAUAUUACAACAGUGACACCAUAUUACCACAAUAACUGAAACUUUUAUUGUGACUAAAUUGACUAGUAUGUUCUGAU